CCUGCUGUCAUGAGCUGAUGUUAGUCAACCUGCUCAGUCUCUCUGCUCCGUCAGUCUGCAGCAGCACAGCUCCUGAAGGCUGCAGUAGGACUCCGAUACUGAAGGAUCUCACAGUCUCCCAGCCCGGGUAUCUCAUUGCAUUGGAGGAUGGAGAGAGUCAAUCACGUCAACAUUGCAAUGAUAGAAGAUGUCGGCACCAACGGGAUAGCAAGGUCAAAGGUCGUCUUGGCCAUGGACCAGAAUAAGCAGCCGAUUGGCUCCACCGUGAGCUUCCACAACAUCCAUUACAAAGUGCAGCUGAAGAGCGGCUCCCUCUGCAAAAGAAAAACCAGUCCCAGGGAAAUUCUGGUCGAUCUCAAUGGGAUCAUGAGACCCGGCCUAAACGCUAUUCUUGGACCUACUGGAAGCGGAAAAUCUUCAUUUUUGGAUAUUCUGGCUGCAAGGAAGGAUCCUUCAGGUCUCUCGGGAGAAGUACUUAUUGACGGAGCACCACAGCCUCCGAACUUCAAGUGCCUCUCUGGCUACGUGGUUCAGGAUGAUGUUGUCAUGGGCACCCUGACCGUGAGGGAGAAUCUGCGUUUCUCUGCAGCGCUUCGUCUGCCGAGCUCAGUGCCUCAGAGCGAGAAGGAGGCCCGGGUCAAUCACCUCAUCCUAGAGCUGGGUCUCACCAAGGUGGCUGACUGCAAGGUGGGCACUCAGAUGACACGGGGAAUCUCUGGAGGAGAGAGGAAGAGGACAAACAUCGGCAUGGAGCUCAUUAUCGAUCCUUCAGUUCUCUUUCUGGAUGAACCGACGACAGGAUUAGAUGCCAGCACUGCAAACUCUGUCCUGCUGUUACUGAAAAGAAUGGCCGGUCAUGGAAGAACCAUAAUAAUGUCCAUACACCAACCUCGAUAUUCCAUCUACAGGCUGUUUGACACUCUGACUCUGCUGGUUAGUGGUAAAAUGGUUUACCAUGGACCAGCGCCAAACGCUUUGGACUACUUUGCCAACAUCGGCUUCCCCUGUGAGCCCCACAACAACCCAGCGGACUUCUUUCUGGACGUUAUUAAUGGAGACUCGACGGCUACAACCAUGACCAAAAUGCUCGGGUCUGAAGAUGUGGACUUUGAGGAGCCCGGCAGCUCUCGACAGAGCAUCGAGGAGCGCUUGGUGGAGGAGUUCAGAAACAGCAGCUACUUCAGUGACACAAGAGCUGAGCUGGAGCACAUUGUACAGGAUAAGGAGUGUACUUUAUGCCCAAAAUCCCGCACCAUCACCUACAACAGCUCUUUCUUCCACCAGCUACACUGGGUGCUCAAGAGAACUUUCCAGAACCUCAUGUUGAGCCCACAAAUAUCUGUGGCCCAGGUGGGAGUCCACAUUUUCCUUGGCCUCGUUGUAGGAGCCAUUUUCUUCGGCGUUAAAGAUGAUCAGAGUGGCAUCCAGAACAGGAUGGGCGCCCUCUUCUUCAUCACUACCAACCAGUGUUUCAGCACAGUGUCUGCAGCCGAGCUCUUCAUUAUUGAAAGGAAACUGUUUGUGCAUGAGUACAUCAGUGGCUACUACAGGGUGUCCGUCUACUUCCUAUCUAAGAUCCUGUCUGACAUCACUCUGCGCACCAUCACCUCCAUCAUCUUCAGCUGCAUCGUUUACUUUUUAAUCGGGCUCAAAUCCUCGGCAGCAGCCUUCCUCGUCUUCACGCUGACAGUGACUCUGGUGGCGUACACAGCCACAGCCAUGACCAUGGCCAUCUCAGCUGAUCGGAGUGUCGUAGCUCUCGCCAACAUCUUCAUGACCAUCACGUUCGUCUUCAUGAUGAUUUUUUCAGGUCUUCUUGUGAACCUACCCAGCAUCAUGGACUGGCUGGCUUGGCUGAAGUACCUCAGCAUUCCUCGAUAUGGCCUCGCAGCCUUGAAGAUCAACGAGUUUGUUGACUUGAAGUUCUGCGAGGAAUCUGUAAUGCGAAACACAACCUUCAUGAUCACAGAGACAAACUGCAGCAUGAGCACAGCUGGCUUGACAUGUACAGGAGAGCAGUAUCUGGACUACCUGGGGAUAGAGUACACCACCUGGGGACUGUGGGAAAAUCAUGUGGCUUUGAUUAUUAUGACGUUUAUAUUCCUCAUCAUCGCCUAUCUGAAACUCCGCUACAUCAAGAAAUUCACCUAAAUAUGUGAUUCUGCAUGCAGGCGAGCAGAUGUUCACCUUACAUUUCUGUAUUAAAUGAAUGGAACUACAUUUUUGCCGUUUGACAUGAAUUGUUGAUAGAUUUGUCAGGAAAGGUAGUUUGUUGUGUUUGGCGAGUUUUAUGCUCCAUAAUGUUGAUAUCUGACUAUGAAAAAGACUGUGAAUACUAUUACUUGUUAAUAUAAAACUACAAAUUAGAUCAGGCAAAAAAUUGCAUUAAUCGUAGUAUGGAUCUUGUCACAUCACUAAUAAGUUAGUUGGCCCAUUUUUCUCAAAGUGUCGACCAAUUUCAAAAAGUGUGCGUAUUGUUUAGGCUACCUGGAUAUUCUUCACAGGUAAAUAGAUACCUGUCCACCUUUUUUUAAUAACAGCCUUUAUAAAAAGAAGCGAAGAUUUGCUGAAACAAAACGUUUAAUGGUUUCUUACAAGUUUAAAGGUAACUCUGUAAAAUAAGAGUAUUUGCAUUUUCAGACUAUUACCGGUACCUUUUUCACUUUACGUUUCUUGAUUUGAUGUCUUGAUGAAGUGUACAUUUUGUUCUGUUGUAUCACAUAAAUGGGAUGUGGUUAACUUUUCUAUUGUACUUUAUACAAUUUCUUUACCUAAAAUUUGUAUUCUGAUCAAAAUUUUGAAGGAUAAGUAUAAACAUUAUCAUGUCACCUUUGUCUUUGUGUUUUUAAAGUGCAGUCCAUACAGCAGUUUACAGUUUCUCUUAAGUGAUAGAUCGUGUUGUGUUAAAUGGUGAAUGUUGGGAAACAAUCUUAUUGGCAGAAAAAAGGGGAAGGUCCUCACACUGUUCAGCUCCCAAUGAGCAACUUUAUUAAAGGCACCGUUUCCAUCCAAAGGAUCCUCUUCAGUCAAAUGUGGACGGAGACAAUCAAUUCUAAAAGAUGACUUUACGACAUCUUAUUUCAUAGGUUUGUGCUUUCCUAAUCUUUUCCAAGGACGUUUUCUGGAAAGAUCAUCGGUUAUUUCAAACAUUUAAAAAGAAAGAGAUCAUGUUUAGUCAUGUGUAUGGUUGUUUUUGUCACUGUAUAAAAAGCAAAUAAUUACAUAAACAACAAUCUAAUUUUUGAAUAAAUCUUUAUUUGGCAUUAAAAAAAAAAAGAUUGUGUAAAAAACAACAUUAAGGCACAGGGACAAAUAAUAAAUGCAUGGGUUUCCCAUGAACACUAGAUGCACUCCAAACUGAAGUUUGUUUUAAGUUACAAUAUGUAUCAUAAAUUGAUAAUAAGCUAGUUAUUCAAAGCUUCAUCAGUGUACCAAGGA